CAUAUCUCCCCCCUUUCCUCACUUGCCGCUAUCUCUCAAAAGCGAUGUCUUCCUCCGCCCUCAUUCCGACCAUCGGCAACGCGCUCGAGUCGGUUGGCGCUAGCUGGCGCUCCCUCGGCGCGCUCGUCUUGCUCGUCCUUGCGGGUAGCUUCGUGCGCGGACGCGUGGCAAAGCGUGGGCUGCCGCUCCCGCCCGGCCCGCCCGGACACUGGCUGUUUGGGAACAAGUUGCCGCAUGUCAAACAAUCCCAAGUCUUUGCUCGCUGGAUCGAAGAAUAUGGCCCGAUCAUCAAGCUCCGCACGGGCCCGCGCACGAUCAUCAUCAUCGGGCGGUACCAGCCCGCGGUGGACAUCAUGGAGAAGGAGGGCCAGCUGCUCGCGGACCGCCCGCGCGCGGUCGCGGCGGGCGAGAUUCUGAGCAGGGGGUUGAGGAUGAUUCUCGCGCCUGCUGGGGAGCAGUUUAGAAGGUUGAGAAGGGCCGCACACACGCAUCUGCAGGCCAAGGCCGCCGAGUCGUACGCGCCGAUCCAGAUGGCCGCCGCACGGGACGUGAUCGUCGACCUACUGGACGCGCCGCGCGGCCACAUGGAGCACGUCGAGCGGUACGCGGCCUCUGUCAUUCUCAAGAUCACGUACGGCGCAACCGCGCGCGUGCGGCGCACGGACCCCGAGAUUGUGACGAUCCACAAGAUGCUCGGCCGGUUCCAGAUGCUCAUGCGCCCCGGAUCCCUCCUGAUCGAGCGCUACCCGUUCCUCAAGCAUCUGCCUGGGUUCUUGUACAAGUGGAACACGGAGAUCGAGGAGUGGAGGCGCGAGGAGAAGGCGCUGUUUGAGAAGCAGAUUGAGCGCGUGGAAAGGGAUAUCGAUGAAGGAAGUGCUGGGCCGAGUUUUGCGAGGUAUUUGUUGGAGCGGGAGGCGACGGUGGGAGAGGGGGAUGAGAGUGGGCAGGGGAACACGUUGAGUAAGAUUGAGAAGACGUAUUUGGCGGGAAGCCUGUUUGGCGCUGGGUCGGAUACGACGGCCGUCGCACUCCAGGUUGUCAUUAUGGCAGCUGCGCACCACCCCGAGGCGCAGAGGACCAUUCAGAAGGAGCUCGAUGCUGUCGUUGGGCGUGACCGUGCUCCGACGUUUGAUGACCAGCCGAAUCUCCCGCAGAUUCAGGCAUUCAUUCUCGAGUGCCUCAGAUGGAGGCCUGUCACGACGCUCGGUUUCGCCCAUCGUGCGCUCAAGGACAUCAUCUACAAGGGCAUGCUCAUCCCUGAGGGUGCAGUUGUCUUCGGAAACCACUGGGCCAUUUCGCGCGAUGCCUCUGUCUAUCCCGACCCGCACACGUUCGACCCGCAGCGUUGGCUCACCCCGCAGGGUGAGAUCCGGGAGGACCUCAAGUUCCCCUCGUUCGGGUUCGGGCGGCGCAUUUGCCCCGGGCAACACAUCGCGCUGCGCUCGAUCUACAUCAAUGCCGCGCUGAUUAUGUGGGCGUUUAACUUGUCGGAGAGCAAGACGCAGCCGAUCGACGUGGACGCGUUUGUGGAUGGGGUUGUUGCGCAUCCGAAGCCGUUUGAGGUGGUGUUUGAACCGCGCGUGGGCGGGGACAAGGAGGGGAGGGGGUUGAGGAGGGUUAUGGAGGGGUAUGGGGAAGAGAUUUGAGUGGGGGUGGAGGCGGGGGUUGUCUUUUCUUUUGGCUGGACUGGGGUUGAUAAUGGUUGUGUAUUGUGUAAUAGAGUAGAGUAUUUGUUCAAUGAACCUCGG